UGCUUUCAUCAGCAACAAUACAAUCAAGAAAAAUGAUCAAGAUCGUAUUAGUCCUCUCUGCUCUUGUGGCCAUGUGCGCCGCUAAGCCUUCCGCUGCAGUAGUCAGCGCCCCGUUAGUAGCGGCAGCACCAGCCCCCAUUGUGACCGCAACCAGCUCCCAGUACUAUCACCGCAUUAACAACGGACUUGCUGCUUAUGUCGCCGCUCCCGCUGCAUACGUCGCACCCUCGGCUGCAUACGUCGCACCCUCGGCUGCAUACGUCGCUCCUUCAGCAGCAUACGUCGCUCCUUCAGCAGCAUACGUCGCACCUUCAGCAGCAUACGUCGCUCCCGCUGCCGCCGUGGCCGCUCCGUACGUUGCAGGUCCAGCUAGCGUUGUUGCCGUUUAA